AUGGCGGCGGAGCUGGCAGGACGCAGUGCUGAGUUCCUUCAACCGCAGCGGCAGGCUUUUACCCACGCAAAUGAGAGACGAAGGAAGCCGGGAAGCUGCCCUUGGCUGCCCCAGGUGGUGCCAAGAGAGCUGCACCGCCCUCUCCAUCCCUCCAGGCGCCCUGUGGUUCGCUGUGUCUGCGCCCAGUCUGGCUCUCUUUGGGGUCUCCGGUUUCCUCCCAGUCCCACAUCCAGUGGUGGCCUUGAAGCUCAAGAGUGUCACAGCUUCCCUUCCCGGGAUCUAAGGGUCCACAUCUGUACUGGUGGAAUUAGGUUGAAGUCUUUCAUGGAACUGCCCUCCAGAUUCUGGAGUCACAGGAGCCCUGGGCACUCGCCUUUCCCAGGGACAGAUGCUGAGCUCCACUUCAUCGGAAUGCUAAGUGUCCACAGCAUUGCUUUAAGGUGUAUACACAGGUAUGUGAAUGUAAGUUGAUGUAUCUGUGUACUCCCUGAGAUUGGAAGAAAGAGUCAUGAUGCCGAACUU